AUGGGUCUGUAUGGGGAGCGCGCUGGGGCGCUGACGUUGCUCUGCGGUGACGCUGAGUCAGCGGCUAAGGUGAUGUCCCAGGUGAAGAUCAUGAUCCGCACAAUGUACUCCAACCCGCCCCUGUACGGAUCCCGGCUGGUUCAGGAGAUACUCAACACGCCCGACCUGAAGAAACAGUGGUUGCAGGACGUUAAGCUGAUGGCGGACAGAAUUAUCUCAAUGCGCAAGCAACUGCGCGCUGGAAUCGAGGGCGCCGGCAACAAGCGCCCCUGGAACCACAUCACCGACCAGAUUGGAAUGUUCUGCUUCACCGGCCUCAAGCCCGAGCAGGUCGAGCGCCUCACUAAAGAGUUCCACAUAUACCUGACAAAGGAUGGACGCAUCUCUGUCGCUGGCAUCUCCUCGAAGAACGUUAAUUACGUCGCCGAUGCCAUGCACAAGGUGUCAUCC